AUGACACGGCUCGAUCCCUACAGUGCCUCUUUACGAGAGGAACAGAAAGCGAUUCUUAAUGGAUUACUAGGGUUGAUCUAUGAUAACUAUGAUACUACACGAAGGAUAGAAAGCACAGUGAACAGUAUUUAUCGGAUAACGAUCGCAUUAUUGGUUAUUGUGGUUCUGUUGGUGAUCGGCAUCAUAGUAUUCGUAUGUGUGAUUGGAUGCAGAAAGUAUCAAAGUGAAAGGUAA